CAGCCCGCAUCUAAGCCACAUGGACUCGUCGCGUUCUCUUUUCGUUGUAAGACAGAACUAUUAUAUCUAAAAUAAAAAAGCUACAAGAUCCGGCUUAGAUCCAAUAGUAAUAUAAUUCUAAAGAAAGCAUAAGACAACGAAUUAUUUAACUAGAGUAGAUCGCUUAUAAGCGCGUAGUUGAUGACUACAUGUACAUAAGCAAGAUGAGCCCCCCAGCGCGCCUUACACCAACCUUACCCCAUCUCGGGUAUUAUUAAUUACCUAAGGUAAGCAAGUCAUAAGUCAUACUCCUUUUCCCAGGAGGUAUCUAUUGCUGGAUAGAAAAUACUCAACUUCAUAAUUUCAUCAAACUAAAUGAAUAACCAUCUUCGGAGAUGGUAACUAGUGCGCAUAGUUCGAGCUGGCCAGGAGAGCGUGAGCCUUCCCACCAGGAUGUCGCCUCAGCCAGUGAACGACCGGAUCCCACUCUCCUAUGCGACUUCAAGAGAGCCUUGCUGGCUAGUAGCGAUGCGAUUGGAACAGAGAAGCUGUUUCACAUGGACCUUGGAAACCAAAUCUAUACUCCGACGAAGAAGUAUACGUACCCCGUAGCUAUCCUAUCACGCUUUCCGAGAUUGCCAACCGAUGACCGUUUAGCCCACUUAUCUCAGGCUUUUUGUAACGGCUGUCUAGACCAUGUAUUCUUCGGACAGCUCCCCAUGUCGGCUGUAGGUCGAGAACUACUUGCCCCGCCUUUGCGGCUUGCUAUCGCUUGUCUUGGCUCCGUCUGCAGCCGUGGUGAUGCCGAAGAAACUCGGAGCAUCCAUCAGGCUGGCGCAUGUCUUUGGCCAGUCAUGGUGGAAGUAGACAAUGGGCUUGCUAGAUCAGUUGAAAUGCUUUUAGCAGCUGUUCUGCUCGUACCAUAUGGUGUACUAUCUGCAGAGAAGCCCCUUCAGAGAAGAUCCGCACUUAAUAUAUCUUCAUCCUUAACAAUUGCUCGUCGUAUGCAUUUGCAUAAUCCAGGACAGUUAGAUCCUGGUAUUCAACAGCGAAUGUUAUCAUAUAGUCCCAUGCUUUGGCUACUUUGGCUAUGGGACGUUCUACAGGCCGUUCACUCAAACCUGUCUCUGAACUUCUCGCCCGACGAAAUCUCGACGAAUAUGCCUUCUUCAAACAUUCCGUUUCAGGAUAUCUACCGGAAUCUCCUACAGGAUUCCGGCGUAGAGAGCCAGACUCUUCUCUCAACCAUGGGCAAUAGUUCUAGGGAGCAAGCUGUUCUCCUACUUCUCGCCAUCCUCUCCGACUCCAUUACUCUACGCCGGUCCCUUGGAAGCGCUGCCAAUAUCAUCAACUCGGUCCAAAUGACCUCGUAUAAACACAACCCUUUUGUCCCAUUUUCUGCCCAUACCGAAUUCGAGCGCAUGCAAAGCCGGCUCUCUAAAGCAUUGGACCAAUGGUACAUCAAUUUCAGUGGCUCCAUGAGUCCGGAUGUGAUAGCAUUCUUCUAUUAUUGCAGACUAUAUCUCUCCUGUCCGGAAAUUUCGAGUCUUUCACGACUCACCCAAUAUGAUGUGCCAUUAGACCAAAGCAUAACCCAAGCGAGCGCUACAGCCGCUGCAAAUACUAUCAAUAUAUCGAGCCAGUCACUUGAUCAUGCCUGGGCCUUACUCGACGCCGCCGCCACAUGUCCAAAAUCAGAAGGAAUCUUAUGUCAAGCUUGGAUGCCAAUAGUUGUAUUCCACGCUGCCCUCGUGGUCUGGGCGAAGGUCAGCUUCAGUACAGGGGGUGAUAGGGAUACAUAUGGGAGUAGAAGGGUAUUACUGGCUUUCAAGAUGGAGCUUGAGACUAUGAAUUGGCCAUGUUGCACCAAGAUGGCAAUGACUCUGCAGAGGUUAAUGUCUACCUAAGUUGGUAAAGGGAUAGUAUGUACUAACUACCUAGGUACCUUACCCUCACUAUUCCU